AUGGCCCUAGGAAAUGAUUCCACAGCAACCAAGUUUGUCUUAAUGGGUCUAACACAGCAGCCUGAGCUCCAGCUGCCCCUCUUCCUCCUGUUCCUGGGAAUCUAUGCAGUGACUGUGGUUGGGAACCUGGGCUUGAUCCUCCUGAUUGCAGUCAGCCCUCUGCUUCACACCCCCAUGUACUAUUUCCUCAGUAGCUUGUCCUUCAUUGAUCUCUGCUAUUCUACUGUUACUACUCCCAAAAUGCUGGUGAACUUCCUAGGGAAGAAGAAUACCAUUAUUUAUUCUGAGUGCAUGGCACAGCUCUUUUUCUUUGUGGUCUUUGUGGUGGCUGAGGGUUACCUCCUAACAGCAAUGGCAUAUGAUCGCUAUGUUGCCAUCUGUAGCCCAUUGCUUUAUCAUGUGAUUAUGUCCUCUUGGGUCUGUUCAAUAUUAGUAAUCAUUGCCUUCAUCCUGGGCUUUCUCUCUGCCUUGGCUCAUACAAGUGCCAUGAUGCAACUCUCCUUCUGCAAAUCCCACAUCAUUAGUCAUUACUUCUGUGAUGUCCUCCCCCUCCUCAAUCUCUCCUGCUCCAGCACGCAUCUCAAUGAGCUUCUACUUUUUAUCAUUGCAGGGUUUAACACCUUAGCCCCCACCCUUGCUGUCUUCAUCUCUUAUGCCUUCAUCUUUCACAGUAUCCUUGGCAUCCAAUCCUCAGAGGGUCGGUCCAAAACUUUUGGAACUUGCAGCUCCCAUCUCUUGGCUGUGGGGAUCUUCUUUGGGUCUAUCACAUUCAUGUAUUUCAAGCCUCCUUCAAGUAACUCCCUGGAACAGGAAAAGGUGUCUUCAGUGUUUUACACCACAGUAAUUCCCAUGCUGAACCCUUUAAUAUAUAGUCUGAGAAAUAAGGAUGUGAAGAAAGCAUUGAAGAAGGUUUUAGAGAAGCUCGGGGCCGCGGUGGUGGCGGCUGCUUCUCUCCCUCACACCCGCGGCGCCUGUGGUGUAGCCGAUGGCGACCCGGGGCCCUCAGGUCAUCCUUCCACCGCCCCCAGGAGUCAGCGCCGCCACCUGGAGGUGAGCCCGUGGGACUCGGGCGUGUUGUUCGGGCCGAGCAGGAAGCACCUGGCAAGCGCCAUGGGGUGUAAGACACACCCUUCAGGGAACCCUCAGGUUUAUGCGGUUGCGCGGAGCGAAGGGGUUGGCGACAAUGGCCCUUUGGUGAUUCUGUGGACUUUGCUGAGGCGUUAA